AGGAAGAGUAGCGAGGUGUGGUGAGGCACGAGAGAGGGACUGUCUUGGAGAGCGAAGAUAGGCAGCGAUCACGCCGCGAUGGCAGCCCGUCAACGUCCCACCUGCAUGGCGAUCGCCGUUCUGUUGCUGCAGCUAGCAGCUUACGCGAGCGCGGCGGAUCCGUACUUGGAAAUCCUGCCGAGCGGCGAGACGCAGACGAAGCCGGUCGGCUCCAGCAUCAUCCUUACGUGCAAACCGAAGGUGGACACGUACAACCCGUCGCUCGUCACCAGCAUGGAAUGGCUCGAUCCGCGGGGCCACAAGAUCGAGUCUCUCAAAUACGCCGUCUUGCCGCUCGAAAGAACGCACGUGGGUCAAACGAAGCCGGCCAUGUACACCGAAAUGCACGAGGAUGGCAGCCUGUCCCUGUUCUUCAAUUCCCUCCAGGAGCGAGAGGCCGGCAAGUACAUGUGCCAGGGGAAUUACGCGCGUAAUUUGCCGUUGAGCAAGUCGGUGACAAUCGAGACUAUAAUUGCGAUCACGUGGGACGACGCACCGCUAAAUCAGUUUCCCAUCCUCGGACAAGACUAUGAUAUUAAGUGUCAAGUGCGCGCCACGCCAUCGCCUUCGGUUGAUUGGCUUUACAACGGAGAGCUGAUCACGACUAACAAUCAGAAAUACGUUAUAAAUACUUAUUCCCUGACGAUCAAGAAUGUUCAAGAGUCUGACGACGGCAUAUAUACAUGUCGUGCAUCGGUGCCGAUCACAGGAGAGUUGAAGGAGCGACCUAUCCGCGUUGAGGUACACAUACAACCCACAAUCCAAGAGAUUUCGAAGCCAGUGGACAUCAUCGAGGGCGAAAACGCGAACAUUGAGUGCAAAGCUGGCGGUAAGCCGCCACCAAUGAUCUCGUGGGUCAAGUCCAUCGCUCAACAAAACCUGUCUAACGCCGAUCGCUUCGGCGUCAAUUCAGUCACAGGUGUGCUCACCAUCACAAACGUGAACCGUGAGGACGCGGGUGAGUAUGGGUGCACCGCAAUAAACGCUGCCGGGUCUGCCAGUGCUACCAUCCGGGUGAACGUAAUCGUCAAGCCGAAAAUUAUGGAGUUCCUGAACAAGACCGUGGUGCAGGGCAAAAACGUGGAUAUUAAGUGCAAGGUCUUCGGCCGACCGCCGCCCGACGUGACCUUCAGGAAGCUCACACUUGAGAAGCCAUACGUGAUGGGCGCUCAGACGCACGACGACCGAAUUGUCCUGAAGAACGAGCAGGAUGAAUUGUCCGGCGAAACCGUUGCCACAAUGUCGAUCACGAACGCUCUCACCGACAACGACGGUCUGUACGAGUGCGUGGCGAAAAAUACCGGCGGUGUCGCCUACAAGAACGGCCAUUUGACCGUGGAGUACCCGCCCUCCUUCCGCAACAUGCCGAACACCACGGUCUGGUCCUGGGAAGAGAAACCGGUGAAUCUCACCUGCAUCGCCGAGAGCAUACCGAACGCGACGAUACGCUGGACCUUCAGCGGGGGCCUGGAUCCCGAGAAAGGCAACCAUCCUAUCCGAAAAAUUGGCAACGGGCCGAUAUCCACUCUUCAGAUAACACCGCUGGACAGAAGAUAUUACAACUCUUAUAAAUGCAUCGCUAUGAACCCUCACGGCACGCGGGAGCAUGAGAUGGUGCUGAGGGAAGCGUUCAAACCGGACAAUCUGGCGCACGUCAGGGUGGACGAUACGACUGCCACAACGAUAAGAUUCUUUCUCGAACUGCCUUUGACUAAAGAUUUACCUAUCACGUCUAUCACCGUGCAAUACAAGGAGGCGUACCAGAACUGGAUAGAUUCGAAAAACAAGACGUGGUCUGUCGGUUUGCCAUAUGUCAUCGAAGAUUUGAAACCGGCGACGCAAUACGAGUUUCGAUUCGCGUUGAGGAACCUGGUCGGUCUGGGCAACUAUGGUAACAACGAGGUCCAGAUCACAAACGCCAAGACGAAACCAAGAGAGCCGAUCAUCCAGACGUCGGGAGCCGAAUACGAGUUCUCUAAGUACAGUCACCAGUACGAGCUUAGCUGGAUAGCGCCGAUAGACAAUGGUGAACCCAUAGACAUGUACAAGAUCAAGUACUGCGAGAUUAAACGCAUCCCCGGCGACUGGGAAGAGUUGCCGGGCACCUGCGUAGAGCUGGACGUCAAAUCCGCGGGCAGGACGAGGCAGUACCUCAAGGAUCUGAAAUACGAUACUAUCUACUCGGUCGAGCUGCAGGCUCACAACGCGUUGGGCUUCAGUGACCCCGGAUUCGCCAAGUUCAGGACGGCUAGAGGUGUAGAUACCAGCGUGCUGCAGCAUCAAGGCCCGUUGAUAUCGAGCGGAGCCAUAAUCGGCAUUGUCCUCGCGAUAAUAUUCGUCGUCUUCGUCAUCAUCGAUGCCAUCUGCUGCUGCGUGCGUAAGACAGGAAUCAUCAACUACGUGCGCGAACGAUCCCGGCGGAAACCAGUCGACGAGGAGGAGACGAAGCUCGGCAGUCUUUACGGUUGGCGGUUUCCAUUGCCGUAUUGCGACCAAAAAAUGGCCAAUGUCGCCGGGGUCACGGCCAUCCAAGACUCGGGUAGUGGAAAAAAUACCAUUAGAUUGGUCAAACACACUGCAAUAGACGAGAAGGAGCCGCUGAAGGAGGAGAAGAAGAUCACGCCGAUCAUCGAUUCCGGGCUGCGCCGGGAGACCUCCGUCACCUUCGACGGCAAGACGUCCGUCUCCAAGACCGGCUUCGUCGGCAAGGACUCGGCCGUCUAGAUAUUCUUCCGGCGUACUAGAUUGUAAAUCGUCCCGGAAACGCAGCGCGGUUUCCGGCUGAAAAGUGUUCUCGAAAACAAAAAACCAAGAUAAGGAAACGGAAAAAAAAACAGAAGAAACGAAAAGGGGGACGGGAUCAUCGUACGUUCGCGUGCUCGCUCACGGGUGGACGAGGGAUCCAGCGAUCCGCGCCUCGGCGGAAUUUUCUUCCGGACGCGGCCACCACGCGCGGUCGCUGCCUCGCCGAGUCUCCGCCCGUGUCCUCUGCUUUUCGUUUUGCGCCCUGAAAACGUGCGCGGUUCCACGGUCGCACGCCGACCUGCCUUUCUUCCCUUUCGAAACCUCUUACCUCGUGUACUGCGAUACACUUGCCGCCUACAACUCCCUCGUAGAAUCCCCCGAAAGCGCUUCCCGCCAUUGGCGAACUUAUCCUUCGCCUAUUACUUUGCCGCAAAGUUCUCACCGCACGUCUGAUUUCGCGUGUAAGGUAAGCUUAAAGAAGGAGCAAACUUGGAAAAACCUGACAUAUCCUCUGGCCGCGCCGCUCUCCGCUGAAACAUUUAUUAAGAUACGCGCACGCGAAGUGAAAAGCGAUUCGAUCAGAAUAUUUUACUAGCUCCUCUCACUGUCGCUUGAAAGUAACAUCAAAACGAUCGAUCCAGGGUAGUUUUUAUCGACGAAUAUGUCACGUUUGGAAGGUUUGUCCCUUGAGCAUAAAAAGCAGUCUUGAACUCUUUUUACCCCGUCAGUGUACUCGCCGAAGCAUGCGAAGGAGCGCGGAUAAUCGAUGGCUCGCGAGAACGAGAAGUACGGGGUGAGCGACAGCUUACUCGGUAGAUGCUCUUAGGAGGAAAACUACGGAUAUAAUAGUAACGUAUAAAUGCAGGGAAAUGAGGAGUAGGUAGAUCGCUUGCGCGAGAAGAAGAAGAAGAAGAAGCUGGCAAGAAUGUACAAAAAUUCGUCGUGCAAUUGGUAGAGGUCAACUGAUCAAUUUAGAUGAACGCUUCGAGGCACCCUUUAGAUUAUCACAGUCUAGUACGCUGGGUAGUGUAUCCGCGUCCUUUGUCGCGCGCGGCUCCAAGAAGCCCGCGCGGAAAGUCGUACUCUGUUGCGCGUGAAGGCAGAAAGGAGAGAAGAAUAACCUUGUGUUCGUUCGGCAAGAAGAUUGCACUUGAGGAGUAUAGUCACGCGAAAAUGCAACGCUCGUAACAUCCAGGUAGCUCCGAUUCGCCGUCAUUGUGAGUCGAGUUUUCUUUUUAAUACUUGAAUGAAUAUUGGAGAGAAAGAGUGCGUUCGAGUCAUAGAGUUCUUUCAAAAUCUGUCAGGGAGCUUGACGAGAGACAUAUCGACAUUUUAGUAGCAGUGAAAGAAUCGAGGUAUUCCUGGACGAGAUGAAAAUGGAGAGCAAAAUUUAUAUUCGACCUCAUUCGGUUUUCGACGUUUUCUCGAAUGUCACGUGUCGGUUUUUUUUUCAGCCACCGAUUGUUGUAUUUGUUUUUAGUACGUUCUUUUUUUAUUUGGUAGUUAUAUUUUAGCGCGACCGAAUUUUAUUUGACGCCGCUGGCUAUGUCAUAUCCAUUUGGCGCUAGUAAAAAAAUUGUUCAGAAGCACCUUGGGGAGAUCUCCGCAAGGUCCGUCUUCCAUUUUCGGAAUGUUUAGGAAUGCGAGCGUUGCUUUCACAUAUUCCUCGAGGCGCCAACAGAGAAACUCUCUUUCUCCUCUUCUAAACAAGGUGCGCGAUUUUUGCGGCAACCUCCGAACUGUACAUACACCCUGCGCAAUCUUUUAUCUCUCAUCCCGCACGCUCAUACCUCAUCCCUCAUCCUUCUUCACGUCUUUCGAUUAGGACCGAUUGUUAAUCGAAAAACGUAAACGGUAGGUAGCUUUCAUAUACACACGCGAUAUUGUAUUUGACGCGCUUUUAUUCUCACAAAUUCCCGACCCCGUGAUCGUAAUGUUCAAUCCUUCCCGCGAUUCUGUUUUUGAUUCAAAGACUGAUUCUUUUACAUGUCAAUCCGAACGAAAUCGUAACCGACUGUCGUUCAAGUAGCCGAAGAUCAAUGUCGAGUUGCACCCUUUUCACCGUUCAUUCGCCGAUCGCGUAUUGUUUAAUACGCGCGUGUUCUUUGUCGAGUCUUACGAUCAUGCGUGUGGCCACUAUAGUUAUGAGUGAAUUACUACUUAAAUCUCGCAUAUCCUUGUAGCGAGUUCGUUCGUUCUUCAUACAUUUAGAUAAUCAUAUACCAUCUUGUACAUUUAUAUCUUUACUUUGUAUUACCUCGAGUGAGAAGAGCUCUCAAUUACCUUCUUUUUCUUUAAUCGUGAUAUUUUAAUGUCUACGUUUUAACGUCCUAGUUACCUCGUCGAUAAGACGUAAGAGCAGCUCGUCCUUUUUAUUUUGCAUUUUGCUUUUUAUUAUUUUUACCGUUAGUGAAAUUUUUACUUUUACGUUAGGAUAAGAAAUUUUUUUUAUUCUUUAGAUUAGAAGUUGAGAAGACGAGUAAGAUAAGCAUAGAGCGGCUCUUGCGACACACUGUGUAUUUGUAUUGACAUUGCAGAAGUCACUAUGAUUACGGUGAUCAAUUGCGGUUCAUACAGACGACAGAAAGUUGGAAAAUUUUACUCGCAACACAGAGCGGUAUCGAGAUGUGUGCAAGAAUUGUUAGCGCGAAUUGGGAUAGAUUUCUGAUUCAAAAUUUGAAUGUGUUACUUCGACACUAAAUAUCUCUGAAUAUGUAUAGUGUAAUAAAAAAAGAAAGACGAAAGAAACGAUAUUUGCGGUGACAAGUGUUAAGUCUUGCAGAUACACGGGACUUGCCCAGUCGGGUUUUCGGCUAGUAAACCGCGAGGGUGUGACAUCAGAAAAAGCUGCCAUAUAAUUAAUAUAUCCGAAUGUAGCGAGUAAAAGAAACGUACCGCUCUUGCCCCCUAAUGUCUAAGAUGGCUUUUGCAGAAAGAAACGCAGUUAAAAUGUGAUAAGUUUUUGUAAAUGCUUGUAAACGUUUUUUCUUAAUUAUAAGACGUAUCGAAGAUAAAUCUUAGGAGAGUUUUGGUAGGUUUAGAGAAACGUGCACGAGCACGGAGGGCGUGUCCUCGCGAAGAACCGGUGGGCGACUCAUCCUCCCGAGACGGAACAACAUUGUAACGGGUGUCGUUCGGUCAGGCACAUUGAUACAAGAUUCAGAGAAUUCAAAAAUUUUUUGCUCAGGCGCUCUACGAGUCCCAGUGAAAAAUUUUACGAACGUCGGUCAGCUUCGAAUGCAAUUCGAGCGGACGACCGUUUCUAGAAUUGGAAAAGAAUUUAGUUAUCACCGAAAUUAAAAAUUAAAUUUUUAAUUGAUUAUGGCUGAUCGUUAAUUUUGUAAAGCGAUUGUCGCACUGUAUAGAGCUGAAGAGGGACGGGUAAGAACAGAGUGUAGGAAAUCUAGAACUAGCAGCGAGAAUGCUCCCGUCGGGCACUGUAUCAUCGCACCUGUUGAUACGUCGGUAGUUGGCGCGCUUCCUCACGCUCGCGAAACACGCUUUCCGUGCAGAUAGCUUUUUUACGUAAGACAGAGAAUUUGCCAAAUACCAUAGUACUUAUUAGCAUGUAAGUCAAUGAAUUACAUAUAAAUAUAAAGUAUAAAUAUAUAUAUAUAUUAUACAUGAGAAAAUGAUAUAUAUGUACAUGGGACAAAAUAAACAAGCCGCGGGACAUUCGCGCGACGGAUGUCGCGCGGCACUUCGCAUCGGCGAGCGAGACGCGUCACCGUUUCCAGCACCAUUAGCUAUUUUGUAUCCGUUUGCCAAAAGCUGUAAAUCCUUAACAAGUAGCUUCCCACAAAAAGUAUUACUGCGCAUCUUCCAAUCUGGAGGUCAUUACGAGUAUUAAAGUUCCGUAGAUGUAAGGCGUAUUUUUUAUGUAAUGCUUUUUCUGUACGCGAUACAAGAAAUCGUGCUCUCGAAUAAAAAGUGAAAAAACGUUUUCAAGGUGAGAAGGA